AUGAAACCAGGAAUAGGCGCGCUGGUCGUGGCGAUCUCGUAUUUCCUCAUCUUGGUAUUCGCGGUCACCAUAACUGAAAACACCGUACAGAUAACCACACUUGACAUAUCCAUAGGAAAUCUUAUUAUCAAUGCUGGAGUUUACUAUUCGAUUGUUAAUAGUGUUCUUGUGACUAUAGUGGGCACUGUUGACAAUGCAGGUGGCUUCUACGUCACGAGCGCUAACGGCUUGACUUCUUCAGUAGUUAUGACAGGCGGUUACUUUGUGAACUCUGGGGUUGUGUCGUUCAACUCCAUGGCAUCGCCGCUUCUUUCUACUUAUGACAUUGCUACUGUUGGAUCUUUUGAUAACACUGGUGAUAUGUACUUUGGUAUAUCUGGCGCGACCCUCAUCGGAUCGCCAUUCAUUGUAACUUCUGUAACCUCAUGGUCCAAUACCGGUAUGAUGGUGUUCCGGAGGGAGUCUAGUGGGGGUGCACUUUUGGUUAUCGAGCAAGUUCUUGGAGAUGGUGGACUCUCGAGAAUUACAAAUGACGGUUCUAUUUGUUUGUACAACACUUACUGGUUGCAAACUACAAGCAUCGAUGGAACUGGUUGUAUCACUGUCGGUCCUGGGGCGGAAAUGGGUUUGCAGUUGGCAGUCGGGGAACUUUUGUUCUCUCUCGCAGAGACUCAAACUGUCUACCUAGCGUCCUCUAACUCUGUGUUGAGUAUUUUAGGAUUGAGCGUAUCUUUGAUACCUGAUAACCCCAUCAAAGUGGCAGGUUUUGGCGGAGGAAACAGUAUUCAGGUUAACCUUGUUUUUAUCGGGAACAGUUAUGAUCCCAGCACGGGUAUCUUGACCCUCAGUUUGACAGGAUUGCUCCUGGUUGAAUUUGAUAUUGGUUUAGGAUAUCAAAGCUCGGGCUUCAGCGCUUCACCACCGUUGCUUAACAGACGUAUCACUUACAAUGAUCCUGCCCCUAAUGAAAUCCCAGACACAUGCUUCUGUCUAUUUACAUUUCCUGAUGUCACAACCACCGCUCUUUCUUCCGCAACUUCAGUUCCAACUUCAUCUGAGGCUCCAACUUCAUCUGAGGUC